AUGAAUUUCUACUUCGACGCUGCGACGGUGCUGGACAAGCUCGAUGCGAAACAAGGGUCUAUCAAAGGCGUUAUUGCAACGUUACCUGAAAAGGACAGGAAACGAACUACUGCUCUGAUCAUAGAGACCCUGAAAUACAAAGCGGUUCUAUCGGACGCCAUAGAUGCGGCGAGGCUUCUCAAGGAGGAGCACAAAAUUACCUCAAAGAAUUUCGCGUUAGUGCUCGUUCAUGACCUCCUGCUGUCGGGCGGAAUCCAAGCUGGUGAUGGACCAGUGAAACAGGCAGUCUUGCGGCACAAGACAAGGCUACGCAGCGAAUUCCAAAGAAUCAAGAUUAAAAGGGGUGUCAAGUCAACAACCGAGUUGGCACAAACAGAUGAUUCGAGGGCAUUGUUGAUUCCUCGUUACGUCCGUGUUAACACCGCACGCUGGACGACGAAGGAAGCAAUCAAGACUUUCAUUUCCCGUGGAUUCGUUUUAAGUGGACCUUUCGAUUCAGACAAAGGGUUCUCUCAGGACGAGCAUAUACCCGACCUUCUUGCGUUCCCUGCGCAAAUGCAGUUUGUCAAUGAUCCAUUGUAUCGCGAAGGCAAGAUCAUUCUCCAGGACAAAGCGUCGUGUUUCCCAGCCUAUGUAUUGGCACCACCUAUCAGCGAUGAUAGUGUAGUGAUCGAUGCUACCGCUGCCCCGGGUAAUAAAACCUCCCAUCUUUGUGCGCUCAUGGGGAACAGAGGGAAGCUCUUUGCGUUUGAACGUGAUCGGAAACGGUUCUCCACCCUGACGGCGAUGUUGUCGAAGGCGCAUUGCACCAAUGUUGAAGCCAUCAAUGCGGACUUCUUGUCGAUAACCCCGGAAGACCGGAAGUUCGAUACAGUCACGCACAUUCUCCUUGACCCAUCGUGUAGUGGUUCCGGUAUUGUGAACCGACUUGACCAUCUUCUAGAGGCAGGAUCCGAGCGAAGUGGAGACAUAGAGCGUCUAAACAAACUUGCUGCUUUCCAACUAUCGAUGAUUAAACACGCCAUGAAAUUCCCGUCCGUUACCAGAAUUGUUUAUUCCACUUGCAGCGUGCAUGCCGUAGAAAACGAACACGUUGUUAGUCGGGCUUUGACGUCGGAAGAGGCGGUAAAGGGGCAGUUCCAACUGGCAUCACCUGGUGCAGUCCUACCGCUCUGGAAGAGGCGAGGGCUGCCAGAAGAAAUGGAUCAUCCAGCACUCGCUAGUUCGCUGAUACGAUGUUCCCCGGGUGAGGAUGCCACGAAUGGUUUUUUUGUGAGCGUGUUCGUGAGGGGAAGUCACGAACACGGUGGACAACUCCACACAGCAGGUACAAAGAGAAAAUCGACAGAUUAUGGUGAACGCAUAGAGACGAGGAAGCGGAAGAAAAGAAAGAAGACCACUUCGUAG